GAAAGAAAAUAGAUACACAAGAGUGAACAAAUGAUGAAUGUGAAAGAAAGAAAACGGAUUGUUGCUGAGUUACUAUCUCAACAUAGUGAUAAGCCACCGCAUGAUGUGGAGGAAAGGAAAAGGAUUGUCAAUGAAUUGCUGGCACAGCACGAUGAGAAAUUAAAAAAAAAAAAAUCAUUUGGAAACAAAUCUUAUCACAACUGUGAAAGAUUAAUAUCUCCCCACACUGCGUCAAGGAAAAGAUCAGCUCCGCUACCUGUGGUAGAACAGUUAUCAAUUCCAAAUAAUACUGUAUAUGUAGAGUCAGUCCCGAUGGUAAAUCCUGUCUUGGAAAUGAACAAAAGCACUCAACCAUGUCAGAAGUUAAUCUGUGCAUCAAGCGUACAAGUAUCUCCUCUCAUUGCUUCUCAGUCGUUAAUCACCAUAAAUCCUGUACCAGAGAAUGGUGUCCACACGGCUAUGCCAAUAGAAAUGAAUAUGGAUACCACCCCCAUUGAAAACACUGAUUCAGUUUUUCCUGUCAAUCUUUCCGAUGUUUCAACAAAGCAUGAUGGGAUCCCUCUUGUUGGCUCAAAUCCAUCUUUACCAGGUAUUUCUCUGAUGAACCAACCUUACUUGCAAGAUAAUUCACCUUUAGUUGUUAGUGUUGUUCUCGAUGAAAGUAGUGUUGAAUCUCCAGAACAUGGUAGUCACAUGAAUGCCAGCAAUGAAUGCGAAUCUCUGCAACAAUUACAGCCAUGCAGUAUAGUCACCAAGACAACCAAAGCUACUACCAUUCCUAAACACAAGUCAAAUGCUACAGCAAAAAUGCAAUGCAAAAAGAUGCCAUUCUUUGCAAGAAUAUCUUUUAAAAAAUGGACUUAUGAAGGAAAGAAAUAUUGUCAUUAUCCAUCUUCUAAGUUUCUUCUUAUGUACGGUUUCAACCCGCAUACGUGUCUUGAAAUGUCCUCAAACCACUGUCGAAGAUCAGCCAUGAACUGCCAGGCACUCACAGUUGCCGAUUUUAUGGAGCUCUACUACACAAGUGAGAAAAUAAAGGACUAUAAACUCAACAUCACUAUUGACAAUAUCAAGAUUUCAAAACAUUAUCUUCUUAUGUUGCUGUGGUUAGAACAUUUCUUCGGGGUAACCAUCAGUUCUUCAGAGAUUCUUUCUAUUAGUUGUUUGGUAAGAGUGAAAUACGAGGCUUUACUCCGUGUUUAUAAAAGAUGCAAGGGAUGCAAUGACUUCAAAGAACUAUAUAAACUUAUUACUUAUCUACAAAGUGAUGUUUUUACAGCUACCACUGCAUCAAAAGGAAUACUGAAUAGAUGUAAUUAUGCUAAAGCCUUAGGGUCAUUUUGCAAGAAAAGCAUCUACUGUUGUGAGACUUGCCAACGUGAAUCUUUGAAAGCCAAGCUUAACCAACCCGUAUUAAAGACAAAUGAAAACAGUGAACGACAAGGGUCGAAUAACAUUCAUACUGACACUUCUCUUGAUUCAUCAUCUGCAGUUAACCAAUCACAGUCAGUUGUGUAUUCGUAUGUUGUGGAAGAUGGCAAAGUGGUUUUGGCAUCCAAAACUUUUGGCAAGCCUAGAAUGAACUCUACAGCUAUGCAAGUGAAGAAAGAGCCAGUGGAUGCUGGGACAAAGUUGAAAGCUCAUUACAGUGAAGCGUCAAAUGUGUGUGAAGUUGCGAAAAAAAUCUUGGCAUCGCACAUUCCUGAAAAAAGCUACACACUUGUCAUGGUUGUACAUCUGGUAGUUGUCAUGGUUGUACAUCUGGUAGUUGUCAUGAUGGUACAUCUGGUAGUUGUCAUGGUUGUACAUCUGGUAGUUGUCAUGGUUGUACAUCUGGUAGUUGUCAUGGUUGUACAUCUGGUAGUUGUCAUGGUUGUACAUCUGGCACGGAUAUUUGCUAGAUAUGCUAUAGAACAUACAAAACAGAACCAAUGUGUGAAAGUGGAUUAUUAUACUCUACCAUCCCCUAAACUUUUAUUGUUGGCUGGUAUGUGUUAUGAGACCUGCAAGACAAUCACCACCUCUACUUGUCGACCAUCUGGUGCAACGUUUCCUUCACUGACAUUCAAAGAUCUUCUAGAGUUGAGGUGUACAGCAGAGAGAGUGUGCUCUAUGAAGGGUUUAUACAUCACUAUUGAUGGCUUAGUGACCAAUAAUUCAAUGUCAAUAUUAACAGGGUGGUUGAAUCACUUCUUUGGACUGAACCACUCGAUAGCCUCUAUCAGGGAGUUACUUGGACAUGCUCAAGAGACAUAUUACUGUUAUUUGUACAGACAACCUGAUCAAUAUCAUCACAGUAGUUGGCAUGAUAUGAAGAAGUACCUGAAUUCACAUAUAUCUAUAGUGGUGAAUUUUGCUGCACAGUAUUCUAUUACUUCUGAUGCUGCAUUCAAAGAGAUGCCGUUUUCUCAGAUUCUGGCUAAGAGCGCUUAUGCUAACAUUCUCUGUGUUGUUGCGGAAACUAAUAAUGAUAUCAUUAUGUUUGGGUCCAAUCAUGAUCAUUCGUAUUCAACUGACAGGCAGCCUAUCAUGAAUCAACAAGCAAAUAAGCCGACAUCAACUGUGUCUGGACAAUCCGGUGUCAGCAGGGAUGUUGAAUCAGUGAAUUACAGUGAUCUACAGCCACCAGUACAUGACAUACAGGAUAACACAGAAAUCAAUGCAUGUGUUCAGUCAUCUAUUGAGUCAUGCAGUCAUGCAUUACCAACACAUGCAAAACCUGAAAUGCAAGAAUUCAGCACAGACUGUCAAGUCAACAGUGGGAUUUCGAUGUUUAUCGGAACUAAGCUAAAAAACCGCUGGAAUCGAAUUAAGAGAUUGCUCAGCUCACAAGAAGAUAGAGAUAUGUUCAAAUAUUUACUAGAUUUUUAUGAUGUGAUGUGUGAGAAAGAUUCUGACCUGGAGGAGAAUCCAUGGCAGUAUAUUGACAACCUGCCUAUCAGUUCAGUAUUCACAAAAUUCACAAAGAAAGACAAGAAGACUGUUGCAGAUAUUAAAGAGUAUAUCAAGGAGAAUGAAUCCAGGAUACGUACAUCUGAUAGAAGUACAUAUGCACAAUUUAUAUAUGCAGGUGACACCAAACCUGAAAUUACUGAAACCAUGGAAACAAUCAUCCAAGAAGAACAACAGCUUGAAAUUGACAUAUAUGAAGAUAUGAACGACGUGUGUUUUGUAGGAGAUGUAUAG